AUGUCCACCUCUAAUGCUUCUAAUGGUAAUGCUCUGGCCGGUGCUAGCGCCGGCGUCGAAUCUCCGCUCCUUGAAGAAUUCAUCCAUGGUGAUGCUGAUAAAAAACAUACCUCCCAUGGAGGUGGUGGUUGGAGGGCUGCUUAUUUCAUAAUAGGGGUGGAAUUUGCAGAGAGAUUCACAUACUAUGGCAUAGGAUCGAAUCUCAUAAGCUACUUAACGGGGCCGCUCCAACAAUCUACAGCUGCAGCGGCGGCGAGCGUGACCUUGUGGGCGGGGAUGGUGUGCAUACUUCCCCUCGUUGGAGCUUUCGUAGCUGAUUCAUUUCUUGGUCGUUAUCGCACCAUUAUCAUUUCCUCCGGCAUUUAUAUCUUGGGAACAGGAUUGUUGACACUAUCGGCAAUAGUUCCUUCUCUCAGUCCCUAUGAAUGCCAAAAUAGUACUGAAAAGGCCAGCCCGUGCUCUGCUUCCCGACUCCAAAUUGUGCUUUUCUACUUGUCUCUAUAUCUAGUGGCAAUUGCAUUAGGCGGACACAAGCCUUGCAUUCAAGCAUUUGGUGCGGAUCAGUUUGAUGAGCAUGACAUUGAAGAGUGCAAGGCCAAGAGCUCCUACUUCAACUGGUGUUUUUUCGGUUUAUAUGCAGGCACUUUAAUAGCAAUAUUGAUCGUAAGCUACAUUCAGGAAAAUUUAAGCUGGGUGCUUGGUUUUGGACUCCCAUGCAUUGUAAUGGUGAUUGCAUUGAUCAUUUUCUUGCUUGGAUCCAAGACUUAUCGGUAUAGUGUCAAAGGGGAUGAGAAAAGACAAUUACUGAGAAUUGGAACGGUGUUUGCUGCCGCGACAAAGAAUCGGCAAUUAUGUGCCCCUUUGGAUCUAUCUAUGAAAGAACCUGCAGAAGCUGGAGAAAACUUGCCUCCCCAGGGUUCUAAACAAUUCAAGUUUCUAGACAAAGCCCAGGAUGCACAAGAUUCUUCAGAGGCAGGUAGGAAGGUGUGCAGCGUGGGUGAGCGUGAAGAAGCGAAGGCAAUGCUAAGACUAGUUCCAAUAUGGGUAACAAGUUUGGUUUAUGCCAUUGUCGUUACACAGCCUUCAACUUUCUUCACCAAGCAAGGAACCACCAUGGAGCGAAGGCUCGGAUCAAAAUUCGAAAUACCUGCUGCCUCGCUCCAAGCCAUCAUCAGCCUCUCCAUUGUUCUCCUCGUUCCCGUUUACGAUCGCAUUUUCGUCCCCAUGGCGAAGUCCCUGAGUGGGAAACCCUCAGGCAUAACAAUGCUUCAGAGAAUCGGAACCGGGAUGUUGGUCUCUACCCUUUCAAUGGUAACCGCAGCAAUAGUGGAGGCGAAACGGCUCGAGGCUGCUCGAGACCACGGGCUGGUGGACGAGCCGACGGCAACUGUCCCGAUGAGCGUGGGGUGGCUGGUUCCGCAGUAUGUGCUGAGUGGGGCUUCGGACGUGCUGGCUGUGGUUGGGCUGCAGGAGUUUUUCUACGAUCAGAUGCCAAGUAAAUUGAAGAGCGUGGGUCUGUCUGUUUUCCUGAGCAUAUUUGGCGUUGGGGGGUUUUUAAGCAGCUUUCUGGUGUCUGGCAUUGAUAAAGUAACGGAUGGGGAAGGGCGAGAUAGUUGGUUUGCGGAUAAUCUUAACAGAGCACACCUUGAUUACUUCUACUGGCUGCUGGCUGGAUUGGGUGCCAUACAAUUGCUCGUCUACGUGUAUUUUGCAAAAUCCUACGUAUAUAAUAGGGUGAGUACUGCUGGCUAG